AUGUGUUCCACUGCGCAUGGGAUGUCAAUUUACCAAACAUCAUCAUCAACCGAAACAUCUUCUUCGGUUUGUUCUGUUAUAGAUAAAGUAAUUAGUGAUAUUGGUCUGUUAACACUUAUUCUGAUAUGUCUACCUUCAAAAUCACUGCUUGUGCUCAAGUCUGUAUCCAAACAAUGGCUUUCUAUUAUUACUGACCCAAUUUUUGCUAUUAGCCACUUUCGACGACAAAACCCUAAAACCACUGGAUUCUUCCUUAAUAGCUCACCAGUAAUUGCUGAUCCUUAUUACGACUAUUCUUACGAUUUUCUCCUUCUUGACGGUAGUAAAUAUGAACAAGGAUAUCUAGGAGAGGAGAAGGAGGUGACUGCCAGUGGUGGUAGUUUAAAAUCCCUCGUAAAUUCGGCGACGAUCCAGAGCCGGACUGAAAUUGAUGCUAAAAUUGAUGAUGACAUUGAUGUUUAUAAAAUUGAUGGUCAUUUUGAUUGGGGUUGCGUACCACAACAUAUUUCUACGUACAAAACUUACAUCUACAACCCAACCACCAGGCAAUACAGAUGUCUUCCACCAUCUCCUUUCAGAGAUAAUGUUCCCCCUGAACGGGACAAUUGUUUUAUCAAGGUUUGCAGUAUCAGUUUAGCUUUUGAUCCACUCAAGUCACUGGAUCAACACUAUCAAGUUAUUUGCAUUUGGAACGUUGAACCCUGUUGUACUAAAGAUUGGAAUGCAGAAGUUCAUGGUAAGUACUAUUUUGAAAUAUACUCAUCUAAAACAAACUCUUGGAAGAAGCUCGAUUCUCCGUAUUCAAUUAAAUUAAAUGAGCGACCUGGUGUAUAUUGGAAUGGUUGUUUGCACUGGAUUGGGUAUCAGAAUUCGGAGUCGUCAAUUUAUUUCGAUAUCAAACAAGAAAUAGUGAAGCCGUUGCCAGCUUCGCCUACUGAUACUGUUAAGUUUGUUCAGCCGCUCACUGUUAUGUAUUUCGGAGAAUGUGGUGGUAAUUUGUAUCUUAUAGAGCUUGAAUCAUGUGAAGCUCGUUUCGACAUUUUAAAGAUGGAGAUUGAUUACUCUGGUUGGAAACGUAUAUACAGGCUUGACUUGGAUAGACUUGUAGCUCUUUAUCCUGGGAACGAUCCACUUGAAUUUAUAUAUCUUUAUAGAGUAGUAUUGUUCCUCGAGGAAGAUGAAGCAGAAUCAUUGUCAAAGCUGGUGGUUUCCGUAUCUGGGGAUAAGCUUGUAUCUUAUGAUUUUAAAGAAAUGAGUGCUACCGAAAUUCAUACUUGUCAUGACAGAUAUUUUUAUCUUAAGCCUCCUGUUUGUGGAGGCAUAAAAGGUCAUGUUCAUCACUACGUUGAGUCACUCGCCUGUGUCUAA